GGGGGAUCAUUGUUGAUAAUACUAUUGGCAUGUUCGCACAGAAACACGCGUAAACUGAAAGAUAAUACGGAAUUUUGUCAUAUAAUAUACGCAUAUGAUGGAGCUGUUCUAUGCCGCAGUAGUACUGCUGGUUUACCAAACUGUCUUCACUGUAAGGGCGGACUUGUGCACUUCUGACCAAUGCAGCAUGAAUGGCCAAUGCUAUGAUGUGGGGAAAAGAUGGAAGUAUACGUGCAUCAAGUACAAAUGUGUCAACAUUGAGGGAAAGCCAGUAGCUCAGGAAAAGAAUAUACGUUGUGAGUGGCAAAAUGGGAGGUGUAAACGAAUAGGAACGACCAAAACAUCUGAAUGCACUACUUUUAAGUGUAUGAAAGACCAAAACGAGAAGUAUGCCUUCAGCCCAAUAAAGACAGGAUGUAAGGUGAAUGGCAAGUGCUUUAAACCAGAGGCGGAAAUAAGGUUUAGAAACAGACCUCCAUGUUUCUGCACAAGCGACGCACAACUCAUAUGUGCAGUACAUUGAUAAUGACAAUGACUUAGUCCGGGGACGAGGAAACAUUAUAGUGAUCUGUGUAGUACAUUGAUAAUGACAAUGACUUAGG